AUGAUUCUUGCAUCAUUUACAAUGGCAUAUGCUCCAUUACCUUCUCUUGACAAUUUAACUAUUCGUGAAUGGAAUGAGUGGACAUCAACUAUUGAAAAAACAAUUAAUUUAUGUCAACGAUUAGGUUUAUUACAUGUAUAUCCUACUAAACCAUGUCAAAAAAUGCACAACAACUGGUAUUUAGGCGCUUGUUCAAAAGCACUCGACAAAUGCAAGUGACGUUGUCGAAUACGUAAGUCGUUUCGUUCUUUGCAUACUGAUACUUUUUUUGAAGAUAGUCGACUUACAUUAUAACAAAUAUUGGAUUUAAUGAUGUAUUGGUGUCAAGGAUUAGAUUCUCAUAAAUUUAUUAGUUUUAAUCGCUCUCAUGAAUAUAGAAACGUACGCCUCCUUUCGUUCUAUCAUUUUCUUUGAUCACAAAAGAGGGCAUGGGUGUGGAUGUGUGUGUUGGUCUCCACCUAACCCACAC